CGAAUCAUUCUGCAUGUUCGAUAGCGAUACUCUGAUCAGCUGAUCAGUGUUCGAUUAUGGUGUCGCCGAUUUUAUAUUCAAGAUCGGCUGGAUCGGGCAGUUUGGUGUUAGUGGAUGGAGGCACGGAGGAUAGAAGUUGAACAAGCUAGAAACGUGCUUUAUAAUCUGGCAUAAAAGUAACAAGUAAGUCCCGGAACUUCCUUAGCGUGUUCAACCUCAUUUAGGUUAAAUGUCAUUAAUUGGCAAGUCUGAUACGCAGAGAAGAAGAAGCUGAUGAAAUAACAUAACAGAAAGGUGCAAUAUUCUUUCGCUGGUAGCAAUACUGAGAGCAGGAUGGAGUAAAGAAGCCAGAGAAGUUCUGAUAACAGAUUCAUUCUUAUCUGCUGUGGAAGAUAGUAGUAAAGAUGAAUAAAAAUGAUAUAAAGACAGACCCAGAAAAACCUUCACUUAGUCAGUAUUUUUCCCAUACUGCAUCUGCAUCAUCAGAUGCAAGUUUCUUUGAUCAGAUUUCAACAGGCAAUGGCCCUGCCAUGAUGGCAAGUGUUCGAGAAAGUGUAGGUUCCCAAGACUUUUUCCAGUCAGCAAGUGCAGCAUUAACUUCAACAACUACAUGCCAGCCAACUCAAACCACAGCCACAGUUACAUCAACCGUAAUUACCGAAGGAGCUGUCCACAAACAUUUGACAUCUGCAGGAAUGAUACCAGAGAUUUCAGCAUCUACCCGUGUCACUGCCAGCACUGGGUCAAAAGUUCAAGAUAAAAUGUUAGAUGGAGGUAUGAAAACUCCAGUGAAGGAGGAACCUGUUGUGUGUAGAAUCUUUUCAUCUCAGGAGACUCCUUCAGAUAAUCCGAGCAUGGCAUCGGGGAAAUCUUUCUUUGACAUGUUGGGCUCUGGUACAGUACGUUCUCCUCACAGUGUGCCUUCUCCAUCAGUUGCAUCUGCCUUGUUGGGCAUCGAUUUGAUGAUUCCAGGGCUACCAACAAGUAGCAGUGCCAGCAGCAUGAUGACUUCACCUGACUGUACAACUACCACAGAUGGAUCAUGCCUUACUCCAUCCUCACUCACAGCACCAACUCCAACAGCAGGUGACACUAUGGAGUCUCUUAUGACUGAUGAGACAUUCACCAAGGCUUCUGGCGCUCUUCAUCCCAGUGAGGCUGACCGACGACGAGAUGCAUGGAUAACAUCAGAACGGACCCGACAUGCUCUGAUUACAGCAGCAACAUCGCCCCCUAGCACAUACUUCCCUGAGCGUGACCUGUUGACAAUGCCUGGGGUAGUACUUGAGGAGGAAAUGGUUGAUACAGUCCAUGAGGUGGUGAGUCAUUACCUGGGGGAAGGAGAAGCAGCGAAACGUAAGGUCCUAACCAUGAAUGAUGUUACCCAGGAUGAGAGAGGACUUCGAGAACUUAUUCAGGCUGGUUGUUUCCGGGCUGCCGUCAACCUGACUGGUCAACUUCUUACCAUAUAUGGUCAGGGCGCAGGAAGAGCUGGUCACCCAAGCAAACACACUGUACAUUCCAUUCAGCUUUGGUUCACACGAUUUGCUCUUCUUGUGAAACUGCGCUCGUUCUCAUUAGCUGAAGUGGAAUCAGAGCCAUUUGGAGACUUGGACCAUCCAGAUCUAUACUUUCAGUUUUAUCCCGAGCUGUAUGGAGGUCGUGUGGGUUCAAUGGUGCCCUUUGCUUUCCGUCUGCUGCUAGCCGAACUUCCGCAGUAUCUUACAAAACAUCAAGAGGCACUGAACCGCUUACAUGCACUUCUGGCAACUGUUAGGAAGAUCCUUUGUAACCUUGAAGCUGGUCUUUGUGAAGAUGGUAGUCCUGCAGAACUGAGUCUUUCAGACCGCAAUGAAUCAAAGAAACUGUGGGCCAGUCGAGAGGCCCGUGUUCUUCAUUCGAUUGUCAAUUGUGCACUUUAUGAGAAGGAUUAUAGUUUGGCAGUUCAAGUGUUAGAACUGUUACUGAAUGGCCGAGAAUGGGGUAGUCAUCAUAAGCGUGCUCUCCAGUCAACACUCGGACGUGUGUACCUGCAACUUGGAGAUGUAGCUGGAGCUGAAAAAAAUUUUGCUCUUGCUCGGGAAUUGAGGCAGCGGCAAAGUAGUACGGGGGGCUCGGCUGCAUCUGACCUGCGUGAUUUGAUAGACCGAGGGCUAAUGGCUGUGGCACAGAAUGCUUUCCAGGAGGCUUAUGACUACUUCAGCAAGGCAUAUACACUAGAUGCAUCAAACAUUAUGUUGCUGAAUAACAUGGGAGUAUGCCUGCUCUACCUGGGUCAGCUGAAGGAAGCCCUCUCGUUACUUGAGGGUGCUGUGAAUAACAAUCCAAUACAGGGUCUACAUGAAAGCCUCCUGCUCAAUGUGUGCACCCUUUAUGAACUGGAGAGUUCUUACUGCAACCAGAAGAAGCUUGGCAUGUUGCGUUUAAUGAGCAGAUAUAAAGGCGAUGGAGUAGGUGUAGCAUGCCUCAAGCUACAGAUGUAAAUGUGUGCUCAGUAUUGUCUCUGUAAAUCAGAGUAAAUGGAAUUAAUAAUGUAAUAAACAGGUAUGAAUAAGUAAAAGAAG